AUGUCUUAACACAAAAAUAAUGCAGUAAUUGAUUGUUAAGAAUUCAAUCAAUAAAUUACUGUCACGUCAAAUGUCACAUUUUGUCUAAAACUAGAAAUUUCCUCUUGAAUUCUGAUGGAAAAAACCAAAAAAGCAGUUGAAGAAUGCAAAAACACCGCGGAAGAAGCUUUUGAGACUAGUUCGAAGUUGAUUGAAGAAAAGACAGAAAAAGUUCGAAAGGAAAUUCAAAAUUUAACCAAAAAAACUCAUUUGGAAAUCGACAAAAUUCUGAAUAAUUCUGAAAUUAAUCUUAAGGCAAAUUAUGAAAAAGAUAUGACCGAUAACCUUAAUAAGUCCGAGUCUCAUAAAGAACUGAACACCAAGGUACAAUCCACUUCUAAAACCGUUGAAGCGAAUAAAUCUCAAAUUACUAAAAGUUCAGUAGAAAGUCUUCCAAGUCUCACUUCCAAACAGUCCAAAUUAAAAUCGGUAACAAGCAUAUUCACAAAAAGCCUGAAAAGUCUCCUAUCAAAGAGUAAAUCUAAAAGAGAGGUCGAAGAAUUAGAAGAACCAUCUAAUUCAAAUGAGGAGAAUAUUUCUCGAAAGUUGACGAAGGUUUUGGAGAAAGUAAAAGACGUUACCGAACCUGUGGAAAAACAAGUGGAACGUAAAUCAGUUGUAAAAGAUCACAAUUCUAUUAAUACUGUACAAGACGAAAUAAAGGAAACAAAUAAGAGCAAAACGGACAUUUUAACCACCCAAGAGUCUCGUGAAUUUGAUGAAGCCGAGGCUAGAAAUCGCCUUGAAGAACUUAAACAAAAAUCACUUGAAAUUGCAGAGACCGUAAAAAAACAACUAACCAAGAAAUUCGAUUGAAUUCAUUCAAUUUCAUCGAUGUCAGAACUUGCACAGAAAAUUCACCCUAAAAUUACUGAAACUUUUCAAAGCGUUGAAGAUAUAUUUCGGCUACAAGUUCAAGAAAUAAAAUUACAGUAUAAAGAUAAAUUCGAGUCUAAAUCUAAGGAAAUAACCAAUUACUACGACAUGAAAGCAGUUGUAGUACCUAUGCAUAAAGAAGCAAUUUCGAUAAUAAAUGGUAAAUUAAAUAAAGCGAAUAAUAUUAUAGUGAAGUCUACGGGCGAAUUGAAACAACUGAUUCAUGAACACAUUCCGGAUAAUCAAGACUCAUUAGAUAAAUUUAUUGAAACUGAAUUGAUGAGGUGCAAAGAACAUAUGCAACAGGAAGUUAGUAAUGUAAAGACAGAAAUUUAUGAUUUUGCAUUUGAUUGUAUCAAAAAGAGUGUCAUGUCGUAAUAACAAGAUUGAUUGAUUGAU